AUGGCGCCAUUCCCGACUAAGCAUGACAGGGCGGGACUUUCUCGUAUCUUCGCCGUCCACCUUGCCGGGACGGAGGCACAUUCCUGCCUCAUGGCCACAUCUGGCACGGCGAUGCGCGCCACCUACAAGGUGCGUACAGUCAUCAGUACCAGCUGCCCAUCAGAACCGAGACGCAAAGAACCGAAUUCGGGGUUGGAAGGCGGGCAACGAUACGCCCGACUGAGCAAGGGCGGCGAUGCCCGGCAACAUCGUUUUCACGGCGAGGCAAACAUCCCAUGCCGUUCGCCCACUACCUUUGUUCAUCACAACGUGACUUACACGGCGACCACGGCAACGACACUUACCAUCACGAACUGUCCUUGCACUAUCACUACCAGACAACCCCCACCAUACACCACAACCAAGACGAUUUACCCGCCGCCCGUCGUCAACACCACUUCUUGCCCGCCAGAGAUCACCAGCACGACGGUCAAGACGAUCAAGACCACCAAGCACGCCCCGCCUCCCAAGCCGACCUACCACAACACCACCGUCAUCGAGCACACGCCCAAACCUACCAAGCCUACGGAGCACCCGACUCACUCGGAGGAGACGCCCAAGCCGCCCAAACCCACGGGCGAGCAUCACCACCCCCACCCUAACAGCACCUCGACUGUCGUUGUUGUAAUCACGCCGCCCGCCGAGACUAUCAUCGCCAGCACUACCCCCGUUACCCCCGUCACGCCCGUCACCAACCUCCCCACCAAUACGCCUGUCGGGCCAACGACCACCAGGCCUGUCACGGUUCCCGCAAACGCGGCUGGUAUGGUUGAGGCUGGUGCUGGUGCGGCUUUGGUUGCUGUCCUACUCGCUCUCCUGGUUUGA